GGAAAAUACAGACUGUUAGCGCUAGCGCAAUAGAGGUACGUAAGCGGGGAACCUGGAUUUCACUUUCCGGAAGUAGUCUUGUGAAAAGUACGGGGAGCGAACAGAAAACCAAAACAAUGAGCUUUAAAAACAAUAUUAAAGUUAAUGCGUCAUCGCUUGUAGGUUUGAAAGCAGAAUUAUUUAAAAAACAACAGGAAUUUCAAAAAGAGCGCCUGGAAAAUUCUAACGUUGUAAAGGCAAAGUCUGCUCCAAAGAAACCCAGUUUGUGGAGUAAGAAAAAUGCAGGUGUCAAUCAACGAGCAGCGAAAGAUCAAGAAGCAGCUUCGGAAGACAAGAAGAGUCUGGAUAAAUCCAGAGCAUCGCUAGAAGCUAAAUCUAAGUUGUAUGAUGAGAUGACAAAAGCAAACUAUAUUCCAGAUGAGGAUGGAAGUGGCAGAUUUCUGGUAGAUUUUGAGCAGAAAGCAUUGAGUAAGAUAAAGAAACAAUCCCAGAAAUCAGAUGAAGAAGAGGAUGUUAUAGAUAAUGACAAUAUACCAGAACCAGCAGGACCACAGGAAGAGUGGGUUGAUUAUGUUGAUUCAUUAGGCCGUUCUCGACGAUGCAUGAGGAAAGACUUGGCAGAUUUGAUUGCAAUGGAUAAGGAGCUUGUUGGUCCUGAGAAAGGGAUGAAGGAAGAUGAGACUGAUGAGAACCCCCAGCUGUUAUCAUCUGACAUGUACCGGGAGAUGUUGCGCAAAAAGUGGGAGAAAGAGGAGGAGGAUGCAUUGAAUAGACCAUCAGGACCGGUUCACUAUCAGAAUGUCAGAUACGAUGAGGUGCGAGAUAUGGGUGUUGGUUAUUUCCAGUUUGCUAAAGAUGUAUCACAAAGGUCAAAGCAAAUGGAGGCAUUGGAAACACUUCGUGAUGAGACAGUAGAUCAAAGAGCUCGUCGAGAGAAGUUAAAAGAAAAAAGAAAAGCAGCGAUGAAUGCACGCCUAGAGAAGAUCAAACAGAGGAAGCGAAUGAAAGGAGAAUUAAUAGAAGACGAAGAAGAGGUAAAAGUAGAAGUGAAAAAGGAAGAAGAAACAAUAACUACAGAAGCAGCGCUGCCUACGACGUCAAUUGGGCAGAAACUGACAACACAUACCAAGAUACGAGAGUGGGACUUGGAUAAAGAUCCAUCUGAUUUUCCAAAGAAUAAAUGGAGGACUGAUCGGAGCCAAGAACGAGACCCGAUGUUUGCACCGCCGUCUGUCUACAACUCACAAAAAUCUUACAAUCACUCAAAAGGCAAUAAUUUUAAUAAUCAUAGAAAGAAGGACGACUAUUUACUCUGACAUCUAGCAAUAUUUAGGCUGAUAAAAAUUCUGAGAGCGAAAAGUGAUUUGGUGAUAUAAACACAACCAUGUGUUAUAAUUACAAAUUGUUCAAUAUAAAUAUUUAUCGCCUGAUCAGAACUCUAAACAAUGACGGACUAACUCUUCUGCAGCCGUUGCACAUCACACUAAUAAUCACACACCACUGUACAUUGCUGAUUGAAUGAAAUUACAGGUUAUAUAUACAAAACUAGUCACUGUGCAGGUCUUUUUUUCUGAUAUUACUCAAUUGAAGCAUUUAACACAUUACUAAGUGGACCACUGAUAAUAUUUAGAUAAUAUAAUAUCAUGCAGACUCCAAAAAGUCUAAGAGAAGCCAUAGUGAUUCAAUUUUUCGUUUUUUAUAUAAUAAUAAAAAACGAAAUAUUGAAUCACUAUGGCUUCUCUUAGACUUUUUGGAGUCUGCAUGAUAUAAUAUAAACACAUUUACUGGUUUAUUUAUAUUGCUGCUGUCCUUGCGUUUUAAUUGGAGGGCUGGAAUGCAAGGUUGAAUAGAAUACCGUCUUUCUGACGUGCUGUCAGUGACAGAAUUUUUUUUCCAGGGCGGUGUGUUGCUUAAUGAACCAAAAUCAAAGAAGGGAGGAAAUUAUGGUUCAGGAAGGUUUUUGGGGUCCGGUGACUAUUCCCUGAAAGCUCCAAAACUUUAGCCAUUUUAAACUCACACUUAAUAAUAAUAUCUUUAUUUCCUCUAAAAUUACUCUAUAUGCAAAUGCAAAUGAAGUAGGAGGUGGGGGGGGGGGCGAGAACAAAGGAGCGAAGGUUAUUACUUAGUGAUUUUUUUUUGCUGCUGUUGCUCUUUUGCCAUCCCUUGGAUCCACCAAUGGUCGAUCACACCAUAGGUUUUGUUUGCAAUGGUCCAUGUGUACAUUACUCAUACAAUAUGGAUUAGGUGACAGAUAGAAGGUUUGAACAAUUUUGAAUCAAGCAUCCCCUGUAAACAUUAUUAUGAGAACAGUUGUUUUCAAACUGAAAUAGUGAUGAAUGGUUGUGAAAAAGGUUGUGAAAAUAGAAAAUUGAUUUAUAUAAAGAGGUAGUAUAUGAUUAUAUUGUAAGUUUUGGUUCGUCUUAAAAAAUCAAGAAUAUCACAUAUUUCAAUAAAUAAAACACAAAUAUUACAGUAUGUCAUAUUUAAUUUUUAUUCAU